AAUCCCUCUGGAAUAAAAAUGUCGCCGAGAAAAUUGCACGUAUAGUAGUAUCGACGCAAAACCAUCAAAGCUAAAUUUAAAGAAAAUCUGGAUGGAACGAAAGUGGUUUGAAAAAAAUGUCUUCCUGACGAAAACUUUUCAUUAAUUUUCUGCUUAGUGUAACAAAAUUUGACGAGAAUUGAAGAGUAAACACCCGAUUAAAAAGGACGGUGACGUAAGAGCUUACGAGGGAGAGCAGGUUACACGAUUGUUUCGAGCGAAUCACAACGUAAACAUUUCCCUCAGCCAAUCUUCAUAAAAGUAGAUCGAAAUCCAGAAAAUUGUAAACAGGUUGGAUGUUGUAGCGGAUAAGGCAGUCCAGACAAGAAGAACUCAACUUGCAGUUUUGCCUACGAAAUUUUAUCCACAAAAAAUUGGGUUUUCAAUCGUUUUUCCCGCUUAUGGCUAAUGACUGUGCGAUAUUUCCACCUCAAAUGAGCGGAUUGCAGAUUUUCUGGCCUUCCAACGAUAUGUAUAUGGGUUGCAGCCCAAAUACGCUGACACAGCUGCAAGAGAAGGUCUUGAGAUCGUUAUCUAAGAGACAAGAGGAUGAGAAUUUACAAGUGGUUCCCGAAAACAACAACGUUUUCAGCGAGGAUUCCUUGAGUUCCUGUCGAUUGACGCGCGAAACCCAAGACUUCUCCAGCUCAAAUCUGCCGCCUUUUUAUCAAGACGAAAACAAACUCAGCGUUCAUUUUCCAUGGAGUCCAGGAUUGCAUAAAUCACCGUUAUCGAGUACGUGUACAUCUUUAGAACCCUUAAGCACUCCCACAUUUCCGUUUUCGCCGCUUUUGAGGAGUCCAGGUUUUAUUUCGGCGCCCAGAAGUCCACUAGCCAUGAUGGUGUUAAGCCCAUUUGGACGUAAGCCUUCCGAAGAUCUCUCCAUGUACUUGCCAGAGAAUUUCACUCCAGCAGCGACGUUAGAGCGCCUUGAGCGAUCUAUCACCAGUACAGUCUUCGAGUUUCCUUCUGUAGAACGAGAUCAGGAUGAAGCCAAGGAAACAGAGUGCAACGGGAACGAAAAGGAAAUUGCUGACAAGAUGGAGAACGACGUUGAAGGCAUUAAUUUUUAUGGGGAGGAGGAAACUGGCUCGUAUUUAAACACACAAGAGGUAUUUCUUGAUUUUAGGGGUACCGAGUACUUUGGAGGUACUGAGAUAGUUCAAGACAACUUUCAAAAGAUGCCUAAUUUGAAGAGGAAUAAGGAGGGACAGAAAAAAAGAACCAAAAAAGACAAUAUCGACUGUUUCCUAGGGAUUGGUUUUAGGAAUGGACUCGAACGAAAGCGUCGAAGCGAAAUGAAUUCUAAAUAUGACAAGUUGAGGAGAUGUGUACCCGAGCUGGAGAACAAACAGAAAGCUUCGAAAAUAUUAAUUCUCAGAACCGCGGCACAAUACAUCAAAGAAAUACAGAAGCAGGAUGAACUACUGAGCAAGCAAAAAGACUUAGAAAAACGCAGAAAUGAGGAACUCCUGAAAAAGCUUGUAAAAAUAAAUUCGUAGUCCAAGCGACAAACAUGAAUUUUGAUAACUGAGGAACUAUCACAUUUGCUGAUACUUUGUAUUUCAUUAAAAUUUAAAAAAAGCUA